CCCGGGAGCCAUCCCCGCCCCGGCGGGGGCAGGAGGGAAGGGCGGGAGCAGCCCUGGGGCCGCUCCGGGGGCGGAGGUGGCCGGUGCUCCCCGAGCGAGACCCGGGGCGGGCAGUGCGGCCCCGCGCAGCUCCCUGGACCCCGGGUUAAAGGGCUGUGCCCAGGGCUCUGCCUGCCCUCGCCGCCUGCUCGCCCCGCUCCUCGCCCCGCGGCUCCUGGGAGCUGCCGGGCCCCCCGAGGGUUCGCACCCUCCCAUGUGCCGCCUGCUACGUCCGCUUGACACGGCUCCGGGCUGCAGAGGCCAACAUGGAUUUUCUCGUCAUCUGCCCCUUUCUGCUGGCAUUGUUGCUGUCCCAGGGCAGCUUCACAGACCUGGAGAAACAGAGAGUAGACUCUGGCUUGGAAAUCUAUAAGAAGCUGUUUGAGGUGAAGCGCAAGGACCAGAUGAAUGCUCUGAAGAACUUGAUUGAGCUCAAUGACGUCAACCAGCAGUACAAAAUCAUUGACAUCAUGCUCAAGGGACUCUUCAAAGUGCUGGAGGAUUCCCGUGCUGUGCUCAUCGCUGCUGAUGUGCCUCCUGAUGGGCCCUUCCCUCAGGAUGAGAAGAUAAAGGAUGCGUACUCCCACGUGGUGGAGAACACCGCUUUCUUCGGGGACGUCGUCCUGCGCUUCCCCAAGAUUGUGCACCACUACUUCGACCGCAACUCCAACUGGAACAGCCUCAUCCGCUGGGGCAUCGGCUUCUGCAACCUGACGGGUGUGUUCGAGCAGGGGCCCCACUCGCAGGUCCUGCGGCUGAUGGCUCAGGAGCUAGGAAUCAGUGAGAAAUCUCCCGAUUACCGCAAUCCCUUUAAAACGGACCAGUCAGAGUUUUUCCCCAGUGCUGACACCUUUCAGAAGGCGCUGCGGGAUGAGGAGAAGAGGAGGAAGAAGGAAGAGAAGCGGAAGGAGAUCCGCAAGGGCCCACGCAUCUCCCGCUCACAGUCGGAGCUGUAGCAUGCUGGGACUUGGUGCCUUGCAGUGGGGGUGACACCACUGGGACACAGAGUGGCUCGCUCCCUUCUCGGCAGCCUUGGGCCAGUGCCUGGCCAUUCCCUUUCCAUUUGU